AUGCACCUCCACCUCUUCAAGGCCAUGCGAGACGGCAUCGCCACCGGCAUGGUGCCCUUCCACUUCAACAUCGUUGGCGUCAGUGACCCCAUCUCCAUGGGCACAUGUGGCAUGUGCUACAGCCUCCCGUCCAAGGACCUCAUUGCCAACAACAUUGAGACUGUCAUGGCAACGCAAUGGUACGACAACAACAUUUCGAUCCCCAACUUCAUGUCUCACAAAGAAAACCUCCUAUGUGAACUGAAUACAGAGAAAGGUACUUGGAAGAUAGUGGUGCGAAUAACUGAUAUAUGGCGUCUUAACAAGCAUAAUGGUCGACAAUCCAUUGAGAUGGUGUUGAUGGACCAUACGGGUACAAAGAUUGGGGCAACUCUAUGGCAAGAAUUGUUCCCUGAAUUUGAGCCCAAGUUGCAUUGUGGUGGUGCAUAUGUUAUUCAGAACGUGAAGGUUGUUGAUACUCAUUCUGACUACAAAGUGAGUACAAUUAAAUAUUUGGUUUAUUUCGUGAAGACAACCUCUGUGAAAGAGGUAGACAGACCUGAGAUUCCUCCUAAUGUUCAUUCCAUUACUUCAUUUGCUGAUAUAAUUUCAGGCGUUGCAAAACCUGAUACUUUAGUUGAUGUUGUGGGUGUUAUUGCUGAAGUGAUUGAACGCAAAACAGUUAAUCCUGUAUACAGAGUGACUGUCAAGUUGAGAGACAACAGUCAUGUUGAGAUCAUCAUGACCGUGUGGGAGGAAUAUGCUCUUCAGCUGGAUGAUACUAUUGAGAAAAACCAUUUUGUGCAAAAGCCAUUGGUUGUUAUGCUAACCCUUGCUAAGAUCAAAGAACCCAAGGACAAGUAUCCCCUCAGUGUACAGAAUAUAAAGCAUGGUUCGAAGUUGUAUGUGAAUGGUGACAUUGUAGAAAUCCAACAGUUCCAUGAUAGUUUACGUGUGCCAUUUUAUAUUGGCGGUCUAGAUGAUGAGGGUGAUGUUUCUCAGUCGCAGUCUACCCAAUAUUGCCAAAAUAAGUUUUUGCAUAAUGCUCAAAUAGUGCAGCCUGCCGUUCGUGCCAGAACCAUGUUACUCACACUAUUCCAAGCUGAAUAUGAUCCUGGAAAUACUGCCCUUGUAACUCCUGCAAAAAGAAUGUCCGAUCAGCAAGGAAGUAGUCAGUUUGAUAGUGACGAGUUCGCCACAUAUGAACUAUCGACCAACAAGCAUAUAAAAGCUGAGUAA